AAAAUACUAUAAUAUAAAUGGAGAAAAAAAGCUUGGCAAACAGUUAGUUUUAUUUUUUGAAUCUUAAAUGAUUUUUUUAAAUAGAAAAUUAUUAUAUUAAAAAAAGGACCGAUAUUAGCUCCUAACAGCUCGGCGUGGCACGCGCGCCCGUGAAUCCCGCUAAAAUGGAGUUUGAGAAAAGCAUUUUAAGUAAACGCAGCGACGGAGCAGCGAUGCCAGUUACGGUGGCAGACGGCAUACACCUGCUGACCUUCCACUGCCAGCACUGCUACACCGUGCUGGCGGAUUCCCUCCAUGUUUGUGGUGAACUGAAAAGUCUGGACUCCGUCAUUCUCCUAAAAGUUACCAAUGAUGUUGUGGUUGGAGAUGCUGUUCUAUCCAAAGAAAAAGGAGAAAUGAUAAACUGCAUCUACAGCUCUCUGAAGUGCGGUCGCUGCCACCUCACUGUGGGGAAGGUUCUCCGUUCAAGCCCACCCAGCCUGGCGUCGGUCCGCUCCCUCUUUCUCCUGGACAAAUCCAGCAUCAGUUGUUACAUCCUGAACAGCAGCUCCAUGGUGAAGGCAUCUGGACUCACAUUUGAUCUGAAGCCUGUGAGUGAAAGACUGGCAGAGGUGAGAGAGCAGUUGGAAGCUCAGUUGGAUCACAUGUCGAUUCUCAAGAGCAGAUUGGCUGACAUGAGUAUUAUCAGAGAAAAGAAGAGGAACUAGACGUCUGUGGAGAUGCCUUCAAAGUUUGCUGAAAACAGGAGGUUUGAUUCUUUGUGCUGUGGAGCACGAAGAAGCUGCAGUCCGACCCACAGUUCUAUUGUGGUUCAGUUUAAAGACGGAUUAUCGUCGGUGGAGAAUCACGACUACAGACAGAACAAUCCUGAAGAAAUGCGUUUUUGUGUUUAAUAUUGAUUCAUUCCUGACCUCGGUCCAGGUGAUCUCAUUGUUCAUGUUGUUCAAUAAAGUUAUGUUUUCCAGUUUA